AUGGUAGUAAAAUUAUCAUUUCAUCAUCAAGUUGUUGCUCAGGCUUAUUCUAAUAAGCCCAACUCAGGAGCUUUAGUUGGAUUUGAAUAUAUCGAGGACAUAGCAGAUUUCGCUUAUGCUUUUGAUAAAGUUAAAGAGUCGCAGAAAUAA